AUGAUAGCUGAUGAGUUUGACAACAUGGUCAAGCACAUGUUGCCCAACUGCGGAAAGCCGGUCACCAUGCGUUUCUACCUUGAUCUUGCUGCGAUCAACGUCAUCUGGCGCAUGUUCACCGGCAGUCGACUGGAUGGAGCCUCUCCUCAAACCCACGAGAUGAUGACCCUGGCGGCGGAGGCGUUCCAGGCGCUGGGCCCACAGAACCCCGUGACCGUGCUACCCUGGCUGCGCCACGUGAUGCCGCGGUGGAGCAGCCACGCAGCCCUCCUCCGCUACCGGGACUCGUUUGAACCGCUCCUGCGGGACCUGAUCUUGAAGCAUCGCCAGAGAAAAGACCACACCAGUCCGCCGGACUUCAUCGAUCUCUUUCUCGCCGAGAGGGAGUCCACCGACUCUGCGGGGUGUAGCGACAGCGAGAGCCACCUGAUCGCCAUGGGAAUGGACUUCUUCGAGGCCGGCCUGACCACCACAUCUGUAACCCUUCUCUGGACGCUGCUGCUGCUCGUGCUGCAUCCUGACAUCCAGAGUCGCGCCCAGCAGGAGAUCGACCGCGUGCUGAACGGUCAACGCCCGUGCUUCUCAGACCGCGCUCGCCUCCCGUACGUCCAGGCGGUGCUGAUGGAGGCGAGUCGGGUGGCGUCCGUGAUUCCGCAGGCAGUGCCUCAUCGGGCCGUGGCUGAUGUCUCUCUGCGUGGCCACCGCAUCCCGCGCGGCACGAUGAUACUGCUGCACCUCUGGGCGGUGCACGCGGACGCCGCGCACUGGGGCGACCCGCACCGGUUCAGGCCGGAGAGGUUCCUCACGGCCGAGGGAGAGGUGCGACAGGACGAUCACCUGAUGCCGUUCGGUAGCGGGAGGAGAAUCUGUCUGGGCGAGACCGUAGCCAGGACAGAGCUGUUUGUCCUCUGUGUGUCUUUGCUGCAGAAAUUUCGGUUCGCCGCAGCUCCAGGUCAGGUGCUGACUUUGGAGAGCAGUUUCUUCGAGCUCCGCCGCCCGAUGGAUUUCAGUGUGAUCUAUGAAACUCGCUGAUGAAGGCAAA